AUGGUCGAUCCUUUUGCGCAUUUAUUAGAUUCUUUCAAGAAAAAUGAGACUUCAACUAAUAAUAAUAAAUUAAAAGAAGAAAAUAAACUGAACAAUAGCAAUAACAAUAGCAAUAACAAUAGCAACAAUGCUAAUACUAAACAAGAUGUGUCUAGUGUCAAUAUAUUAUCUCCUAAUAAAAUUAUGGAACCCUUGAUACCAUCUAAUUCUUUGUUUGUUCCAAAUUCAAUUAAUCCGAUAGAAAGUAACAAUAUCAAUAGCAAUAUCAAUAGCAGUAGUAAUAAUAAUAGUAAUAGUAAUAAAGAUGAUGAUUGGGAUAAAGUAUAUUCUAUAUUUAAUAACGUCAGUGAUACAAAUACAAUAAAUACAACAAUACUACCAGGACCAUCUAAUAAUAAUACUAGUACUAAUAUUAGUACUAAUACAGAAACUAAAGAUGAAAAUCUUGUAUUCUCUAGUUCUCAAUCUUCUUCAAUUGUUGAUGAGGUUAAGGAUAUGGAAAUUGCUAGAAUUAUGUCUUUAGGUUAUUCCUUUAAUAAAUCAUUACAAUUUUAUGAAAACGGUUUGGAUUAUGACACAAUUUCACUAAAGCAAAAAUACCAUAAAAUUAAUAAAAAUAACAACUACAAUAAUAAUGAUAAUACUAAUAAUAAUAAUAGAAUCACAAAUAUUGAUCCUUUUUCAAACGAGCAAAAUGAAUCUUUUACCAAUACUUUGACAAACAUGUUUAAUAAAAGCAAGCAAUUUGUACAAUCUUUGAAUUUAACUGAUUUUAAUAAAGGGUUCGAUGUAGAUAGAUAUAAAGGAGGUUUCAAUGCAUUAAAUAGUUAUUCUGAUACCAAUAGUAUUAAUAUCAAUGAUUAUGAUUAUAGCCCUAGUAUUGGUCACAAUUACAGUCUCAUAAAAGAAGAUGAUGAAAAAAUAUCAUUAACAAACAAUAAAACGAUUUCUCUUUCUGUCUCUCCCCCACCUCCGGUGCUUAUAGAAGAUCAAAAUGAUAAUCAAAUUUCAGAGAAUGAUAAUCAAGUUCUGUUAGAUUGGGAUACUCCUGUAAAUAACCAGACACCAAAUACUACAACUUCAACCAUUCAUUCGUCUAUGCAACUACAAAUAACUGACAUUGAAUUGAUAAGUUAUGAAGAAUUUAAAAACAAUGCAACCAAUCUUUUCAAAAAUGGACAUUAUGCAGAUGCUUUAGAACAAUAUACAAAAUCUUUAAAUACAUUACCAAAGGAUCACCCUUUGAGACUUAUUGCAAUCUCAAAUAUUAUGAUUUCCCAGCUAAAAAUUGGUGAAUAUAACAACAUAAUUAAACUAUUGGAUACAUGUAAAAAGUUAUGGCCAAAUAAUAUAGAUGAGAAUAAUACUACAAAAUUGAAUUGGGAACAGAUUAUACCUAACAGCAAACCACAAAGAACAUUUAAAGAUAUUUGGAUCAAAAUAAUGUUAAGAUGUGCAGAGAGUUAUAGACAUUUAGAAGAUUUCAAUAAUGAGUUAAACAUCUAUAAACAGUUAUUAGAUAAAAAUGUCAUUACUAACAAAGUGUUAGAUGGGAAAAGACGUUGUGAAAAGAUUCUUUAUCCGGAAAAAUUCAAGUUGACUUCUAAGAAAACAAACUUAGACACGUCGCCUUUAUCUGUUACAAUUAUUGCUAACACCAAAUCUGCACUUAAUGCUAAAACUUCCUCUCCAUCAAUUCCUAAAAACACAGAAAAUGUAGACAAAAUAAAAAAGCAGAAUGCUAAACUGGAAGAAGAAAGUAUUUUAAAAGAAAAACUAUAUGAUCAAGUAACAUUGAAGAUUGAUCAAUGGAAAUCUAAUAAACCAACAGAUAUUCGUCAUCUAUUAUCUAAUUUACAACAGGUGGUAACUUGGACUUCAUGGACACCUGUUUCUUUAACAGAUUUGGUUAUGCCAAAAAAAGUUAAAGUAACUUAUUUAAAAGCAGCUUCUAAGACACAUCCAGAUAAGGUUCCUAAUUCAUUAGACCUAGAAAACAAAAUGAUUGCAGAAAACGUUUUUAGUAUAUUGAGUAAAGCUUGGGAAUUAUUCAAAGAGGAAAAUAAUGUUUAG